AAAAAAAAAAUGAAAUUGUAAAAAAGACAACAAACCAGUCUUGGGUUCUCUGCUCAUUUGUUCCAUUUUCUCUGCUUCUCCUACCCACCCCCACCCACCCACCACCGAUCUCCGCCGCCCGCCGCCGCCGCCUCCAUCUCCGAGGGACAAUUUUCCGCUCUCUGUCGAAAACAAUUAGGUUUAGUUGUUAUGGUGAAUUUUUAUUUGGACCCUGGAUUAUCUGCCCCUUGGAUCGUAUAACUUUUAGAUUGUUAGUCACCCCUUCUCUUCCACUAUCCCACAUUUUGUGCUUAAAAGUCGAUAUGCAGAAGAGUGGGAGUCUAUCCAAGAACAGUUCUUUGAGGUUGUCAACUCAACAGUCUCUUCGUCGUUUGGGCCUUUGCUCUCAAGUAACAACAGGACAACAGACUUCUCCAGUUGUCUUUCCAGAAAAACGUAAUAGCAGAGGAAAGGCUGCAAAGUCUGGCGAUCUAAGUAUCAAUAGUAAUAAUGGUCCUAAUGAGGCCAAGGGGGAGGAACACAGGAUCGAUGUCGGAGAUGAACAGUCUGAUUUACUUGGAUACGAAGUUUUGUCGGGAAAACUUUCCUUAGACAAAAGAAAAUCGAGUAAGAAUUCUGAGAUACAAACCUCGGAGAAUGCAAAGUUGGAUGCGAUCGAUGCUAAACUCACUAGCAAGGCUUUGAUUUGGGGUUCUAACAUAUUGCGUCUCGAUGAUGUCGUUUCGCUGUCCUGCUGUGUUGGUCUUAGGCAUUUUACGGUGCAUGCAUAUCCGUUAAAGAAAGGUGGCGUUUUUGUAAAAAGUGGGAGAAGUCGUAAAGAUUUACGGUUCUUCGCUUCAACAUCAGAAGAUGCAGUUCUGUGGGUCAAUGCGUUUGCAGAUCAACAGUGCUAUGUGAAUUGCUUGCCUCACCCUAUGGCUUCCAAGAAGCAGAGUACGGAAUUGAUUUUCAAUGAAUUUCCUCUCGAGUCGUAUAUAAGAUGUAAAACCCCACCCAAAAUGCUUGUCAUUUUAAACCCCCGAUCUGGGCGUGGCCGCUCGAGCAAAGUAUUUCAUGUAAUGGUUGAGCCUAUAUUCAAACUUGCAGGAUUUGAGUUAGAGGUUGUCAAAACAACAUCCGCUGGUCAUGCUAGGAAACUUGCAGCCACUGUCGAUUUCAGCACAUGUCCUGAUGGUAUUAUAUGCGUAGGAGGUGACGGAAUCAUAAAUGAGGUUUUGAAUGGUUUACUUAGCAGAGAGAACCAAAAAGAAGCAAUUUCAAUCCCGAUUGGAAUAAUUCCUGCUGGUUCGGAUAAUUCGUUGGUCUGGACUGUUCUUGGUGUUAGAGAUCCAAUAUCUGCAGCUAUAGCAAUUGUUAAGGGUGGUCUUACUGCCACUGAUGUUUUUGCCGUGGAGUGGCUCCACACCGGAGCUAUUCAUUUUGGGAUGACAGUUACAUAUUUUGGCUUUAUAAGCGACGUACUCGAACUCUCCGAGAAAUACCAGUCACGAUUUGGCCCCUUACGCUACUUUGUAGCCGGUGUUUUAAAAUUCCUCUGCCUGCCCAAAUACAACUACGAAGUCGAAUACCUUCCAGCAAAAACAGAAUCCAACGAAGGAAAACUCUCGCCCGAUCAACAAGUCAUAGACAUGUCAGAGCUCUACACAGAUAUCAUGCGUAGGUCAAACAAAGAAGGCCUCCCUCGAGCCUCCAGCCUGUCAAGCAUCGACUCGAUAAUGACACCUAGUCGAAACUCCGGUGCGGAUUUCGACACCACAUGCAGCAGCACCGAGCCUUCGGAUUACGUUCGAGCCAUCGAUUCGAAAUCGAAACGGUUAUCGAUUGGAAGAAACAAUAAUGUGAAUGCAGAAACGGAAGUUGUACACCAUUCGGUUAAUACUCCAAAUUGGCCAAGAACUCGAUCCAAAUCAAGAACUGACAAGGGCUGGAGUGGAUUGACUAAUGAUUCCUCCACUAGGAGUUCUUGGGGAAAUAAUAAUAAUAAUAAUAUUAAUAAUACGAUGACGGCGUACGAUAAGGAGGAUAUAUCAUCUACUUUAUCGGAUCCGGGGCCCAUUUGGGAUGCGGAGCCCCGUUGGGAUUCGGAGCCGAAGUGGGAUUUGGAGGGCCAACCGGAGGGCGGUGAAGGUGGCGGUGGUGGUGGUGUGGAGAAGGAGGAGGUGGUAGAGAAUUGGGUAGUGGCAAAAGGGCAAUUCUUGGGGGUUUUGGUGUGCAAUCAUUCUUGUAAGACGGUGCAGAGUUUGAGUUCUCAAGUGGUGGCUCCUAAGGCGGAGCAUGAUGAUAAUAGCUUGGAUUUGUUGCUUGUUCGUGGCUGUGGGCGGCUCAAGCUUUUGAGAUUCUUCUUACGACUUCAGAUGGGGCGACACCUGUCCUUGCCGUACGUCGAGUAUAUUAAGGUUAAAUCGGUCAAAAUUAAACCCGGAAAGCACACGCACAACGGAUGUGGAAUCGACGGGGAAUUAUUUCCCGUAAAUGGGCAAGUGAUGUGUUCAUUGCUUCCGGAACAAUGCAGACUCAUCGGUCGUUCUCCAUCUCCGAACAAGUAAUGCUCUGCUCUGCUUUUGCUUACACUUCUCCUAUGUUUGCUGCAAAAAGUCAAAAAGAGGCAAUAGUUUACUCGGAAAUUUCUGUCGGUCCUUGUAAAUUUUUUGUCGGUGUUUUUUUUUUUUGGUUGUUUCCGACGGAAUUCGAGGGUCCUUGUAAAUUUUUGUCGCCUUUUAUUCUUUCUAAAUUAACUCUUGUGAAAAUACAUAUAUAUCAUGUAUAUGUAUCCUUUUGCCAGUUGAUGUUUUACUAUCUUAUGUCCAAACUGGCUUUUGUAUGAUGGGAGUGUAGUACUCUGAAACCUAUAUUAUCUGAUAUGUAUUUUAUACCAAUUUAAUGCUUUUUUUUUUUUUU